AUACUCAUUCUCUCAAGCAUUAAACAAAUAGUACUUUUGCAUCCCACAAAUAUAAUACUUUCCUCCCUCAAAACAGAGAGAGAAAAAAAAAAAAAAGCUUCAAGAAAUAAUUAUGCCUUCAAAAAUGUCUUUCCUUGGAGAGCUAACUUGUUGGCACUUCCUCUUACCUUUCUCCAUUAUCUGCUCCCUUUAUUGCCACCCUUCUUUCUCCUUGUCUGCAAACGCUACAGAUCAACAUGCAUUGAUAUCAUUCAAAGAUGCUCUAAUAUCAUAUCCACUACAACUCACUGCGUCGUGGAAUGAGUCCAUCCAUUUCUGUAAAUGGGAGGGGAUAACUUGUGGCCGCAAACAUCAACGAGUUGUUAUAAUUAACUUGACGUCGAGCAAACUCCAAGGUCCAUUAUCACCCGCAAUUGGAAACCUAAGUUUUCUUAGGGAAAUCUGGCUGGAUAACAAUGGUUUUACUGGCAAAAUCCCCGAAGAGAUUGAUCGAUUAUCGCGACUACAAAUCUUGCAGCUUAGAAGCAAUUCACUUUCUGGUGAAAUACCCAAGAACAUAUCACGGUGUUCGCAUCUGAGAGUGAUUGAUUUGGGGAUGAACAAUUUAACAGGCAGGCUUCCAGUAGAGCUCCAAUCGUUGUCUAAGCUUCAAUCCCUAUUUGCCGAGCAGAACAAGCUGACAGGAGAGAUUCCUACACAGUAUGGAAACCUCUCCUCACUAAUGGUGGUUCGGAUCAUUGAAAACAAUCUACAAGGAGCGAUCCCAAACUCUCUUGGUAGGCUCAAAAACUUAAGGUCUAUCGAGCUCUGCACUAACAACCUUUCUGGCACCAUUCCUAUGUCAAUGUCCAAUUUGUCAAUAGUGGAUUUUGACCUUCAACACAAUCAACUUGAAGGAGAACUCCCUUUAAACAUGAGUGAUACAAUGAAGUUUUUUAGUGUGGGCAACAAUCGCUUUGUUGGUCAUAUACCACUUUGGCUAUCAAAUGCUCCGGGACUUCAAGUGAUUCAACUUAACAGUAACAAUUUUACUGGAGAAGUACCAAAUCUUGGAGGCUUAAAGCACUUGCAAAGACUUUUGCUUGGUGGGAACCAGCAUCUUGGAAGUGGAAAUUCUGGGGAUUUGAGGUUCGUGGCAUCCAUAACCAAUUUAACUGGUUUGCAGAUUCUAGGACUCGAGAGCUGUAAUUUUGGAGGUGAUUUUCCACCACAUAUUGGUAAUAUCUCAAAUCUCACUGUGUUUAGUAUUGGAAAUAACCACAUAACUGGGAAGAUCCCUAUGGAGAUUGGUCAACUCGUCAACUUGAGGCAGUUAUGGUUGAUGGGUAACCAGUUAAGUGGGAUUAUUCCAAACACUAUAGGAAAGCUUCCAAAUUUGUAUCAUUUGGAACUUGGGUGGAAUAAAUUGUCUGGGGAAAUUCCAACUUCAUUGGAAAACAUAACCAUGUUAAGUACCCUCUCUUUGGCUUCAAACAAUCUAGAAGGGCUUAUACCUUUUGGUCUAGCCAAUUGCAAAUUCUUAUUUGAAAUGGACCUUUAUUCAAACAAUCUUAGAGGGUACAUACCAAAAGAAAUUUUUCAUCUAGCUUCAGGACUUGUACAUGUAGACAUCUCCCACAACACUUUAACAGGUCCUCUCCCUUCAGAGAUUGGCAACUUAAAUAUGUUGACCUUUUUUAACCUUUCAAAUAAUCGCCUUUUUGGUGAAAUUCCUCUGAGAUUUAGUUCUUUAAAAAGUGUUGAAACCUUAGAUCUCUCUUCUAAUCACCUCACAGGAAAAAUCCCAGACACUCUUGCAAACCUUGGUUCAUUAACUUACCUUAAUUUGUCUCACAAUGAUCUAGAGGGGGAGGUCCCACUUCAAGGAGUUUUCACAAAAGAAAAUGGUGUUUUCCUUGAAGGCAAUAAUAAGCUAUGUGGGGGUGUUCUUGUGCUACAUUUGCCAAAAUGUUCCAUAAAACAAAAAUCCCAAAUGUCCUUAGGAUUGAAAAUAGCAAUAUCUAUUCCAUGUGUAGUUUUGGCAUUAUUAGUGUUGGUGUCUUUCUUCAUAUGCAAUUACUUGCAAAGAGGAAAAAAGAAGGAUGCUUCAUUGGAGAGCCAAAAAACAAUGGAUGCCAUACCUAUGGUGUCUUACAAGAGCCUACACAAUGCAACCAAAGGUUUCUCACAAGAAAACUUAAUUGGCUCAGGAAAGUUUAGCUCAGUGUACAAAGGCAAUCUUGAUGAACAAUGCAAUGUUGUUGCUAUAAAGGUGCUCAAACUUCAAGUGAAAGGGGCUUCUAAGAGUUUUAUAGCCGAGUGUGAUGCAUUAAGGCAGAUCAGGCAUCGAAACCUAGCAAAGGUUAUAUCGUCAUGUUCUGGCACUGAUUAUAAUGGCAAUGAUUUCAAGGCAAUCAUUUACAAAUACAUGGAAGAGGGAAACUUGGAAACUUGGCUCCAUGAUUGUUCAUCAAAAGCAAAUGAGCAAAGUAGUGAGCUUACAUGUUUGGGCUUGGUGGAAAGAGUAAACAUUGGGAUUGAUAUUGCUUGUGCACUCGAGUAUCUUCAUGAUGAGUGCGGAACACCUUUAGUUCAUUGCGAUCUCAAACCGAGCAAUGUUCUUUUGGAUACUGACUUGGUUGCUCAUGUAAGUGACUUUGGAUUAGCAAGGUUUCUUCCGGAGGUUGGGCAUGCGAGUUCCGUUGGAAUUAAAGGCACUUUUGGAUAUGUUGCUCCAGAGUAUGGCAUGGGAAGUGAAUUCUCAACAUUUGGCGAUAUGUAUAGCUUUGGAAUACUCCUAUUGGAAACAUUUACAGGAAAAAGUCCCACCGAUGAAACUUUCAUUAAUGGUUUAAAUCUACAUGAGUAUGUUAAAAGUGCCCUACCGGAUAGAACCAUGGAGAUUGCUGAUCCAAGACUGCUAUACAAUGAGGACACUUCAAGCAGAAGCUCUCAUAUAAGCAAAGAUAGAAUUCUUGAAAUAGUAUGUUCAGUUUUGGGGAUUGGGAUUGCUUGUUCAGUGAAAUCGCCAAGAGAAAGGAUGGAUGCUUGCACCGCAAUGAAAGAAUUACGAUCAAUCAAAGCCAGCCUUUUGCGAACAAUGCAACAUUGAGAGAAAGUUUGUUCACAUUUUCUUCUUGCUUAAUAAGUUCAAAUAGUGUAGCAAUAUGUUUUCUUUAUCAUAAUUUACGUUGUAUUUUUAUUGCUUUAGCAUUCUCAAGUCCGAUGUUUGUGUUUUGUA